GGCAAUUAAUGCUUGUCCCAUGUGAACGGGACACCUUGGAAGAACCGGUUUUCGCUACCGGUCGAAUCUGCUCUUGUGAACGGGGCUUAAGUGAGGGAGGGGAAGAAUUUUCGGCUAAAAAUCUAACUAUUUUCCUUUUCGGCUCAACUUCCACGACUAAAAGUGGACAUCAUCGUCAAUACCGACCCCGUUGUGAUCAUCACAUGUUUGGAUCAAAAUGCGGCGAUAUAUCUGGAAAAUGGGUCAAUGAACUUGGUUCGCUUAUGACAAUUGAACAUCGACCUUUGAAUAGAAUAACUGGAGAAUAUAAUACAGCUGUGGAAACUUUUAAAGGAGCUGCUGCAUUAGUUUCUAAUCUAACAGGUACUUACCUGCCUGUUGGUGAUGGGGCUUUGAUAGGAUUUUCUGUCCUUUUCAAUCGAGGAGCGUCCUUGACAUCUUGGGUUGGUCAGUGCAUCGUCUGCGACGGGGAAGAGAAACUCUUCACAACUUGGGUUCUGAGACGUCACGCGGAAACACCGCAAAAAUGGAUGGUUACUAAUGUUGAUCAGAAUACUUUCCUGCGGUUAGGUAAAGAUGCCGAUUCUUCACAUUAUUCCCAUAAUAGGAUUUCUUCGAGACGGCCAGAAUCCACUAGAGCUGACAUCGAAAGUAAAGGUCAGUUUUAGAUCUUCUGCUAAAACAUUGGAUUACUUUCAAUAUUAGACGCCGUUAUAAUCUUGCCUUUUUUUUCUCAUUUUCUAUUUU